CGAGAGGCUUGAUGGUGUUCAACAUCGAUGAGGCCGAAGACUUUGACGAUGGCACGCGCGCCAUAAUUCACUCAGAUGCGGCAUUUGAAUCAGAUAACGAGACGCAGGACUCGACGCGUCUGCGCUCGUCCCGUAAGCAGCGACUGCAGGCGGAGCGCAAAGGUAGCAAGCAGCGCGAACAGGCGUCAGCGUUGCGCGUCAAGAACUGGGAUGCGGGUUUGAUGGAGAGCGAGGAAUAUGCAGGGAAAGUGGUAAAGCGCAAGGAUCUGAGCGAAGGCAUGGAAUCGCCUGACGAGGACGCGAUGGCCGAGUGGUCGGACGCCGAGUCGUUCGGUGCGUCGGACAAUGACGAGGCGGAGGAAGAAGAAGAGAUAGAGGAAGUAGAAAGUGAAGAGGAAAGUGAUGACGAGGAUAAGAGCGCUGAGAUGCUUAUCCGCGGCUUCCAGAAGGAAGAUUCGGCUCGUCUAAUGGGUGCACAGGACAGUGAGAAGGUCGUGGAGAAGGCCAAGCACGUGCGCAACCAGAAACUCAUCUGGGAGCGUUGUCUGGAGGUGCAAAUCUACACUAAGAGACUGCUAACGACAGCCAAGGAAGCAGCAGCUCACGAGACGGACGGAGAGACGACAGAUGAAGAGAUGGUGACCAAGACAAAGGAACAGGUGGUAGCUGAGCUCUACAACAGCAUCGACGCUGUAUCUGCCUUGCAGGAGAAACUAUGCAACGUUCCUGAGCUAAACGCUGCCGACACAACGAAGAAGCGUAAACGCACAUGCGACGACUUGUGGCAGGAGAUCACGACCAGCAACCGCGCGAUGCUUCCUCAGUACAAUGACGUCCUCAACACAUACACCCGCAAGACAGACUUGGCAGCAGGAGGCAAGACCAACCAGGCCAAGAAGUUUAAGGCUGUGAACCAAGACAUCCUGGCUCAAGUCGAGUCCGUUCUCGUGGAUCCCCAACGAGUCAAGCGCAAGGCACACGCUCCGUUAGACGCACCAGAGUCCGAAGCAGCAGAAGACCAGCUAGACGAACUCAUGUACGACGACUCGGACUUCUACCAGCAACUUCUCAAGGAAUUCAUCGAAAGCGGCGGAGGUGGCGCUGGCCAGGACGCCUUGGUGAGACGCACUCAUCGCAAGAAGAAGAAACUCGUCAACCGCAAGGCCAGCAAGGGCCGCCAACUGCGCUACACAGUGCACCCGAAACUCGAAAACUUCAUGUUCCCAGAGCCUUAUCCCAGGGCCGAAAUGGACGUCACCGAGCUCUUCCGCUCGCUUUUCGGUCAAGUCCGACAGUAA